AACUUUUCUAUAAACAAUAUUCAUGGAAAAAAAAAAAAAAAGAGAGUCGUUGUAGUGCCUGAAAGACUGCAACAAGACGUCACUCCCGCCCUGAUACUCCCCAGACCUCACACGUGAUUACGAGCAGUGAUGGAAUGCUUUUCGUUAUCCUCUCGUGAGCGAUGGAACAGUGUAGACGCAACUGGUAGACAUUCCACAAAAAGUAAAGUCAGAGGUCAGAUGCGAACACACACCAGAAGAGGUUAAUCCGAUAAGAUUUCUCAGCCAAAUAAAAAUAAUAAUACAAAAAAAAAAGGCAUUUUCCUUUUUCUGCUGCAGUAAUACACAGAAGUCAUCCAUGAAGUGUUCGCGUUCCCAGUGUCGUUUCGGAUUUGAGUUUACAAUUUAUUUCCUAUGCAGUGCAGCGUUAUGGUGUGCAGAUGUGAUCAGUGGUACGACUUUGAUGAAACGGAUACGGGAAAAGCAGAAUGCGGACGAUGCUAUGAUGAGAGGUUUGGAAAUGAGCGGUGAUACCUGGGUUCAAAUCCCACAACCUGUACAAGAUGUACUCGUGUCAAUAGAUGAUAAACUUCGCAGUCUGGACACAUUCAGCUACACACUGAAACUCGCACGAUUGGAUUUUUCGCUCGAUCAGCUGGUGCGACGGAUGGAAAACAUCGAAACUAAACUCGGCAGACUCGAGACGAAGUUCGAUGUGCGCAUGGAAAAAGUGGAAGAAGUUAUAGUUAGCAAAGACAUUAAGGAAGAAUUCUCGAAUGAGCAUUUAUCUCACCGAAUGGAAAAUCUUAAUGAAAAAAUUAACAACAAAGCGGCAUAUUUAGAUGCGAAACUUGACAUCAAAUUAGAAAAAGUAAUGAGCAAACUUGAACUACUAGAACGGGAUUUACACAAUUCUGUGGAUGACAUUCUUGAGCGUCUUAUUAAAAGCGAAGAAAGACAUGGAAUUUUAGAAAAUGACAUGAUCAGAAGGGAAGAGAAACUAGAAGAAUUAAACAAUAACGUGAAUGACGUCCGAUUAUUUUUAAAAGAAGAACUCUUGAACUUGGUUACCAAAAAUUUUGAACACAUUAAUCACAGAUUAGAUAAUAUACAACUGUCAUUAUACAGCAAAGAAAACAAAAGUGAAAGAGCUCUAACUGACAUACAAGCAAGUGUAAAUGGUACAAGAGAGCGUAUGCUAACAAUGCUUCAAGACAGCAAUAAUAAAAUAAAUAAUUUAUCUGCGACAUUUAAUCAAGAAGACAGGAGCAGAAGUGCUGUAGAUAUGUGUGAUGUAAACAGAGUAGUAACACAAGAACAAUUAAAAAACCUCACAUCCGUACUGGAGAAAGCUUUAACAAUUGGAGAAGCUAAAUUUAAAGAACUUGAUUCGGAUGUAGAACUUUACACAAGGAAAAUUAUAAACGGAAUUCAAGAACUGUGGAAGACAUCUGACGAAUUAAAAAUUUAUUUAUCUAAUACAUUAGAGCAGGGAAGCAAAACCCGUGAGAUAGUUAGGCAAGAAUUCCAAAGAUUACACGAACAAAUAGAACCUCUUCCCAAAUUAGAGCCAAAACUUUCAGAUAUUAGCGAAGAUCUAGAUAAAAAAGUGGUUGAGCUGAGUAACACUGUAGAUAACAGUUUCGCAACACUUCUAAUAGCUCAAAAUACAUUUAUAGAUUCCUGCAAGAGAAUACAACAAGAGGAGAUGCACAUAUAUGAUAUUCUUCAACAGAUAGUUUACGAAAUGCGCAAUAGAUCGAUAGCUGAUGUUCACAAAAUCAGUUUAGAGCUUCAAACACAAAGUUCUCAAAUAAAUAAGUCAUUAGCUCACGUUUUGACAGCUAUUCUAUUAACCAGCAAUAUCACAACAAAUGCACUAAAUGAACUACUGAUACAAAUGAAACAAAAAGAUCAAUGCGUAAUUUUAAAAGCUGACAGCAUCGACUGGAAAGUUAUGGAAUCAAUCUGCCGUCAAGUUUCGGUAGAUGAAACCUCACAUUUCUUUGAAGAAAAUAAUCAGAGGAACUUAAAUGAAAUUUCGGAAGAUAACGACGAAAAUCUAGCCCAAAAUCAUUCUAUUCAGAAACCAAGAAACGAAAGAAAAGCACAUGAUAAUAAUCAAGAUAUAAGAAAUGAACCUGUUGAUGAUUCUUUGAACUUAAAUGACUACGAAAUUGAUUAUCAAUUAUCCGAGACUGAAUACGGAGAAAAUGCUUGAAAUUUCAUUUGAUAUAUCAAAGAUUUCGUAUAACCGUUAACAGAAAAGAAAAAGGAAAGUGAGGUAAUACAUAUUUAAAAUGAACCAGUCCAAUAUAUUUUUAUAAACAUAAAAGUAUAAACAUGAAUUUCAAUAAUUGUAAUUUUUUUCAAAUAUUUUGCAUUCUUAAAAGAAAAACAAAAUAUAUCUAAUAAAUCAAUUUGACAAUGCAUAACUUUCCAUAUCUUAAUAACAGACUUUUGAAAAUUUUGAAUUGUGGACUGUAUGCACCACGUUUUUUAAAUGCUUUGAUUUGCUACUGAACAGGUAAGAUCAGAAUCAUAUAUUUUCAAAACUUUAAUAUUUAAACAUGAAUGAAUUUUUCAAUUCAUAAUUUUUUUAAGUAAAAAGAAAUACAGCAAUUUCUUUUCUUUCUUUUUCUUUUUCUUUUUUUUUUUUUUUUUUUUUCCCUUAAGUUCAUUGGUACCUUGAAAAAAUUAAAAUAUUCAAAAGUUUUGAAUGUUUAAGACACAAACAGUCAUAAGUUAUUUAUGAAUUAUAAAUAUCCAUAAGUAAAUGAAAACAGCAAUAUUAAAUUAAUUUCAAAUAAUGUAAAGAAUUAGUCUCUCUUUAGAUAUGUAAAUAUAUAUAGAACAUUCUCUAAUAAUAUUUUAAACUAAUCAGUUUAGGCCAUAUUUAUCAGCUGAAUCCAAGGAAAGAAGUAAUUGCAAAACUGUUACAAAAGAUAAUAAAUUAAGUCUAAUGAAGCUUAUUUGAAAGGCUUGAUUUUGUAUAUCUACACUGAAUGUAUAAAAAUUUUAAAUCUAUUAUUUGAAAGGUUCUAACUCUGCAUUGAAUGUACAGAAAUUUAAAACCUAGGAUGGAAGAUAUAUUCUAGCAAAGAGCUAACAAAAAAUAUAAUUCAUUUCAUAUUUUUAAAUUUAUUCUAUAUUUCUGUAUUGGUUAAACAUGUUAAUCUAGCCUUUUUUCUUUUUUUUUUUAAACAUCAGAUUUGCCUCAAUGUAAAUAAAACAAUUUUAAAAUUCAAAUGCUAGGAGACUUUGCUAUCUUAUUUAAGGCUGCAAACAAUUUUUUCCCUUCUUCUUUUAUAUCUCAUUUAAGUAAAAAAAUUUUAAAGGAAAUCAAUUUACUGGCUUUAUACUUUUACAACUUACAACUCAAUAUUUUCUCUGUAUAGAAUCUUAGUGUUUAGUGAGUUAUGAAGCCAGAUUAUAUUUACAAUGAGAGGGAAACUUGAAUUUAAAGCCAAAUUCUAAGGUGAUGUUCAAACAUUUUUACAUUUACUUGCAAUUAAAGAAAGGAACAAAUAUCGAGAAAGUAAUAAUUAAAGCUUUAGAUCAAUAAUUUAUGAUUAUGAAGCAUUUUUACUAUUUCAGAGAACAUAUUUAUGGUUAUAACAACCAUUAUUAAAGCAAGAAAAUACAAUGAAGAAAACAGCUCAAAUAUGAUAACUUUCAUUGAUCUCUCAUAAUUUAUAACUGUUCCUAGUUAUUACAAAAAAAUGAAGGGGUAAAAAUUAUCCCAUUUCUUUCUGUGAAACGUAUCUUAAACUUCAACAUGCAGCUAAUAGAUUGCAUUAAUAAAAUCAACACUUCCCUUCCUGGAACAGUUACCUCUUUGUAUACAAUAAGUUGUCAUUGUUUUAGGAAGAUGUCAUUCUUUACUUAUGUUAUGAUUUUGUAAAUUAAUUAAUACUGAUAUUUGCAGAAACUUAAUACAAAAGUUUAUUUUUGUAAUUGUUAUUAAUUAGAAAAUGCUAUUUGCUUUACAAAAUUAACAUAAAAAACAAAACUACAAAUUAUUAGUUAUUAAACUAUUAAAUGUAUCAUCAUCUUUGGAAUACCUGAUUUUAAUACAGUCAAUUGUUGAUGCAAAAACAUUUUAAACAUGCUAGUGCUCAGUACCUUAAGCACAGAAAGGUUAAUGGGCCUUAUAUUUGAAUAUUUGACAAAUAACGGUUUUAGCCUUCUAAAAUGAAGUUCGAACAGUUUUAGAUUUAUUUUCAAGAAACGAAGAUAAUCCUUCAUUCAGUGCAGUAACCUGCUUCUGGCUUUGUCUGGAAAAUGUCCCAAAUUUGGGCAUUCUAUAAAUAUUCCUAAAUUUCGCAUAUGUAAUUGAUAUGAAUGAAUAUGAUAUGUAUUAAUGCCACUCCACAUAUUCAUGCAAAUAUUUUUGGGAGAUCAGAAAUAUAUUCAGUAAUCAUAUAAUUUUAAUUAUGCAUUUUAAUUAUGCAUUUUUGGUCCAAAAAAGACUGGUCCAUGAAAUUAAAUUAACUGAAGAAUUUUACAUGGAUUACCUCUAAAAUAUUACAGAAUGUAGGUAUGUUUAGGAAGUUAAUUUCUGAAAGAAAUUAUUUUGAUAGAAGAUGAUUAUCUGAAAACAAAUUAUUGAAUGAAAUAUUAUAUUUAAAAAGCUAUGAAAAACCUAAAACAUUUAAAAAGUUGUCUGAGGAAGAAACUGAAAUAAAUGAAACUAGAUUCUUUCCUUAGACAUGUGGGGCUACCUUUCCCCGCCCCCCCCACACACAUUUCUUCGGCAAAUUAAUUAAUCAGACCAUUAAUCAGAUCCCAAAGUCAGAAUAAUCAUGCACAUUGCUGUAACUGGCAACAGUUACAGCAAUAUAGAUUAUAUUUCAACAAUAAUUAUAAUAAAAAUGCAUGCUGUCCACUUCUAAAAAUGGACGAUAUAUAUGACACUGGUAUUGAAUCGGUGCUGCUUUAGAGAUAUGAUUAUUGAUAAAAUAAUUAUAAUUGGUUGGUGUUGAAUCCCAUUGAUAAUUAUGUUUUCUGAAGCAGCAGUUCCCAAACA